AUGUCCAACUUUCGCCAAGCUACUAAUGAAUCCUUCUAUGAUGCACUAAACCGAUUCAAGGAGUACAUUAGGGACUUCCCUAAUCAUGGUUUCAAGGACGGAAACCUAUGGAAUAUCUUCUAUUGUGGCAUAGACCACAAGUAUAAGCUUUCAUUGGAUACUGCAAGCAAUGGAAACUUCAUGACCAAGACGAUUGAUGAAGCUAAGGUUCUGAUCGAGAAUCUUGCAUCUAGUGAUUGCAACAAUUGUCCUGAUUAUGACCGCACAAGUCGCACCACCACCAACUCCCCUGAUAUUUCUCAGAUGGCUGAAUUCAAGAACAUGAUGGCUCAAGUUCUUAAAGGGCAGUUCAAGCAAAUCAAUGCAAUAGAAGGGAUAAGUGAUGUGAAUGAUGACUCAUCAAGACAAUGCAUGGGAGAUUUCUCUAGUGAAGCUAAUGAAGAAGAUGUAAACUACAUUGGAAACUAUGGGAACAAGGGAUACAAUCCAAGCUAUCGCCCAAACCCCAACAUGUCCUAUAGAAGCACCAAUGUGGAGAACCCUCAAGACCAAUUGUAUCCACCAAGGUACCCACAACAGCAAAGACCUCCUUACCAAGCUCAAGGAAGUCAAUUUCAGCCAAGACAAGGCUAUGAUCAGCGAACAUCAGCGAACUAUAAAAUACAACUUUUUAGCCUCUUGAGAGAGAGAGCCGCAUAUUGUAUCACGUUUUACACUUAG